ACAACAACAACAAAACCUGUAUCUUUUUAGAUAUUUAUUAUAUAUUCAUAUUAUAAAAUAAAUUGUUAUCUCUCCGUAGUGAAACGAACCUGCGUAUUCAAUGCUUGUAAAAUUAUCCCGAACAUGAAUAUGCAAAAUAUAAUAAGCGUAUGUAUUCGCGCCUGUUAUAAAUUAUUGAAAAUUUACGUAGAUAUAUAAAGUAAACGUCUCCCUCGUUAAUGUUAGAUCCAGUAAAAAACCGGUUGGAAUGUCCGUGAAUAGAAGUAUGAACUUUAAACGCGUUCGAGGUCACGGAACUUUCUUUAGACUUUUACCAUAAAACAUUUCUUUCGUUUCGAAAACAAUUUGUACAAUUUUUAAUUAUAAAUGAAAUCAAAUAAAUAUUCUUGUACACUUUACGAAUUAAAUGCGAUUCUCGUACAUCUUAUUAUCAUCGUGUAAAAGCGAUCAUCAUCCGGUUGAUGAUUCACUCCGGUUGAAUUUGUCUCUGGAGGAGACAGACACAAGUAAAAAUAUCAUUCCAAAAUAUAUGAUUAUACGUACAUAUAUUUUUGUAUCCUAUGGAAUACAAAUGUUUCCAUGCGAUUGAAAGUUGAGAAUUUUCGUUCGUUUAAAAUGCAUGAAUGCAUUCGGUAUCGAUUGGAAAGAAGAAUCGCACGAAUAACUUUAGUUAAUAUAGCCUAAUUUAUUAUUUAUUCAUUCUUUUUUUUUUUUUCUUUUUUUUUUUUUUUUCUUUUUUUCAUCGUUCUAACAAUUUUCUCCCUGAGUGAGUUAUCGCGAAACGUUGAAGCAAACGGAGAAAGCAAGGAAGUUCUUAGUUAACAGACUGAGACCAGAAUCUCUUUAAAUCUAUUAUCGAUGAAAUCAAGCGAACGUUCAUCCGUUAAAGAUGUUAAACGAAUGCCAAUCAGAAAGCGUAAGCGUUUUAGAACACCAUUUCCAUUUCGUUCCGACAAUUUUACACCUCAGCCGUCAUAACAACCGGGGCUACUUUCCGCAUAAUUUCCCGUUCACCGUUAUGGGAAAGAGUAUAUAAUCGUUUGAAAAUAUAUUCUCUAAAGCAAAAAUAAUAUCUCUAUUUAGAUGUUCCUUUUCUAUGAGGUAACAAUAACUACUGAAUAUUGUUCACUAUGCAUUAUUAUUUGUCUUCCAGAAAGAGAUACGUAACGCAAGCUUAUUAUGAAAUGUAUUCCUUCACCUUGCAUUCAAGAUUGCAUUCAAGAUCGCAUUCAAGAUCGCAUUGAAAAUCUACAUACCGAGUGUUAGACUGUGAAUGAUUUUAUCUAAAUAUUCUAUUGGUCUUAUGAAAAAAUACUUGUACGCAAGAUGUUUAGAGGUAAUUGAUAAUUAGGUUGUCUACGCUCUUAGGAAAAAAGGAUUUUCGGUCGCGACAUAGAAGCGCAACUCGUCGUAUUUGCAAGCAUCGAUGUCUCCGUGUGGAACGUGCUUCGUGGUGUGAUACCACCGAGUAUGCCACGAAUACGAGCGAACGCCUCGUUCUAAUGACCUACUCUUAAUGUGCCGCAGCUCGAAAGAGAGUUCGAAUAGCAAACUUUGAAGUUCAGUCAUCGACCGACCGACCGACCGGUUUCCUGUUUCGUUUCGAGUGGGAUCUCAGUGGCUCUGAUUCACCGUUCGCCGAUGCGAGGAGGAGGACAGUGUCGCGAGAAAACAGGGCCCUCGAUUCUAUCAUACAGACGGUACGUUCUCCUCUAUCUAUCUUUUUUCUAUUUAAACAGUGAUUCAAUAUCUUUCAUGUGUCCAGUGUAUUAGUGAUCCAGUGGAAUAUUUACUAACUUUUAAAUAAAUCCAGAAUCACUGGAAUACUUCAUCUUUCAAAGUGAAGAUUCAUGUAAUUUUUCGAAUACUUAUUGAAAUCAAAUUCUUAUGGAAUAACCAUAUCUGUAAAUAAUACAACAGUGUGUACCUUGAAUUAAAUAAAUGUGCUAUCUUAUAUUGAACAUUUUAUAUCAUUUGGUAAGAACAACGCAAACAAAUAUUACUAUCAUGACGAAGAUAGUAGAAUUCUUAAAACUUUAACAAAAUUUCAUUUGCGCAUAAGAGAACAAAAAAUGCAUUCGAUAUUAAAUAUUUGUUUAAUAAGCAAUAUAUUUUCUAACAAUGUUUUACUUCGUUACCAAGCACUUUUACUUUUUCUCAUUGUUCAAGAUAAACUGAUAUAUACAUAUAUACAGACGUAUGUACACUGUUCAUACGAUAACCGGUCUCUGCACAAUUCUCCGUUCAUUCUUUUUAUAACUAACUCGCUGCCUAUAACAUCGAAAGUUAUAAUAAGAAAAUUAAAUAGAAAAAUAAAUCUACUUAUAGUUAAGCUUGUCAAUCGGUAUGUUUCUUUUUUUUAUAGAGGCCACUUCUCAUUUAAAAGAUGCGCUUCGUGAUUUUUGCAUUGAUUUGUCUUGUUGCGUUACUCGUCAAACGAGUAUCAUCUCAUGGAAGACUGAUAGAACCACCUUCAAGAGCAUCUAUGUGGAGAUAUGGUUUCGACACUCCGCAUGAUUAUAAUGAUCACGAAUGCUAUUGCGGUGGUUUCACUAGACAGUGGCAACGAAAUAAAGGAAAAUGUGGAAUUUGCGGAGACCCUUGGGAUUCCACUACCCCACGUUUGCACGAAACUGGUGGGAAGUAUGGGAACGGGGUGAUCGUUCGAAGAUAUCGAACUGGUUCCGUUAUACCGGUUCGCGUCGAGUUAACAGCAAAUCAUUAUGGCUAUUUUGAAUUUCGCACGUGUCCGAUGAUUUACCGUGACAAGGAAGUCACUCAGGAAUGUUUGGACAAAUAUCUUCUAGUUGGAAAAAAUGGAACUGCAAAAUAUUAUCCAGGCCCUGGUAACAAGGUCUUCGAAGGAUUUUAUAAAUUACCCGAAGGAUUGACUUGUAGACAAUGCGUUUUUCAAUGGAGAUAUAUAGCUGGCAAUAAUUGGGGCGAUUGCGGAAAUGGGACAGGAGCUGUAGGAUGUGGACCACAAGAAGAAUUUCGUGCAUGUGCUGAUAUCGCUAUUGGUGACAAUGAAACUGUAUCAUUACCAGAUCUUCCAAAAGUGCCAACAGAAAGUAUACCUACGGACAUAUCAUCAACUAUGGAACCAACUUCUAUACCAAUAUCGGCACCUUCUUGGUUGUUCAGUAUUAUCAUCGCUGGUACGUGUCUUUUGGUGGUGCUGGCUGCUAUGGCACUGCUUUACACGUACUAUUACCACGCUGGUAGAGCCAAAAAAUGGCUUUUGCAAAGAAGACUUCUGACGCCAGACAGAAAUCCACCCGUGGCUCCACCAAGACACAAGAAAUGUCACAUAUCUAAUGCACAAUUGCAAAUGUAAUAUGCAACGGUAAUUCAUUUCAAGAAAAAUAUGAAAAUUUAUCCAAAUAUUUUUCUACUUCAAAAAUUAUACGCACUGCAAUUAUUUCAUUCCUGUUCAUUAUUAAAUUCGUUUAGAAUUGUAUUUAAGUCAUUUUUUGUAAGCACUUUCGUGUGCGUGUAAGUGUGCGUGAUUGAACGAUCGUUGCAUGAAUAUUUUAGCGUUGAAAAUAAUUUACAAAUGUUUCCUACGUAUUUUCAUGAUGUAUAUA